UAAACUUUCAAUGAUAAAUGGGCAACAUACAUGCCCUGAUUUCUACAAAUAGCUUACAAGGAUAUCCUUAGCCAUUUUUGCGUGAUAUAUUUGUUGGAAAGCGUGCAGCUACGUCCCUUCAUCUGGGGGGUUGCUGCAUUAAGAUUCACGGCUCACAACUUUCCUAUCUAAGCAGUGUGAGUUUCUGCUCGACUUGAACCGAUCACAUGGCUGAAAAUGCUUGAAAAUCAUCGGUACCAGUCAAGGACUGAAUGUCAGUAUAUAUUUAGAUUGUAUUCUUUUUGCUACUAGUGAGUCAAUAAAACUAAGUCAUCCGUAGCUUUACCCCAUCGAUAUGAAACUUCUCAUUUUAGUUCUCUCGCUAUUCGUCACUCAAAUUCACUGUCUAAAGGAUUUGUUUUAUGAAUAUGGUUAUAACUCAGUGUGCAUCCAAUACGAAUUCAACAUUACCCAUGGAUUUGCCGAUCCUGAUGGGGUCUACAGGGAGGUGUUUCUUAUCAACAACCAAUCCCCCGGGCCUCUCAUUAAAGCGAAUGAAGGCGAUUGGAUCAAGGUCAAGGUGAAUAACUAUUUACCCGUUGCGCUUACGUUCCAUUUUCACGGACUACUUCAAAAGGGCACCCCAUGGGCCGACGGACCUGCUGGGGUGGUCCAGUGGCCAAUUAUUAGCGGAGACUCCUAUACGCAUCUCUUUCAGCUCAAUGAUCAGUAUGGGGCCUUCUGGUACCAUGCCCACUACAGAGAGUACUCGGGUGACGGGAUCUAUGGGCCAAUGUACAUUAAACCUGCUGCCAACCGCCCUCGACCUUACGCUGUCAUCACCAAUAAUACGGAUGAGCUAUCCGAGUUUAUGGAGCUCGAGAAGGAGCCCACCACAUUGAUGGCCGCUGAUUGGUUCAAAUGGACCCAGGACGCAAACAUCGCCCGGACCUUUACCAAGGGAAUAGAUCCGUUGUGCAUCCAAAGUCUCUUGGUCAACGGGAAGCAAAGACUCACCUGCCCUUCCAACGAAACUUUUAAUAAAGUACAUUUGAGGCGGUGGAGAGAAAAGAACUCAACCUCACCGGUGCCAAUAGUGAGAUUCCCACCAGUAAAUAUGGAUUCCAUUGGGUGCUAUGCCAAUCCGACUACCAAUGGUUUUAAAUUCUUACGGAACGAUCAGAGGUUGAAAUACGGCCAGAGGUUUGACGAUGAGAGUUUGCAAGCGCCUGGAUUCUCUAAGCCAUGCAAAGAAACUCGCUCGGAAAGGGAGAUCAUCUAUACUAUGAGAAAAAGGUAUUUAUACCUCAACGUGUACAACGUUGGUGGGGCGUUUGGGAAGUCAUUUUCCAUUGAUGACCACGAUUUGGUGGUAAUUGCCAUUGAUGGCACGUUUGUUCAUCCUUUGAUAGCCCAGCGACUCAUUAUUCCCAUCGGAACGCGCUACACCGUAUUGGUGAAAGUGGACCUCGAAGAGCGCGCUGCCCGGGGCUCCGAUACUUCUGAACCUUUCGCCAUCAGGUUUGCCGUGACCUCGGGCAAUCAAAUUAAAGAAGGGUUGUCGUUUUUGGUGUAUGACUACCCGUUAAAUCUCACUGACCCAAUAGAUGGAGUAAAAUACGACGAUAUCCAAGCGUAUAAUGAUCCUCAGAACGGUGAGCAAUUUCAAGACAUGGGAGGACUGUCCCUCUCUCCCCACUACAAAUCUGUGAACCCAUUGAUAACCAGACCUUUCGAUCCGACUUUGAGACCACCACUCGGUCCUGCCGAUCAUAGUGUCCGGCUCUUCUUGAACCGUACUGGUACAAUCGAGUUUUCGAUGUUCGCUGACGGUGACUUGGCUCCCCGUGGGCUAGAGCUAGAAGCACCGCUCUUGCACCAACACCAGCUCAACCACAAUGUUUCGUUUAGUCAUAUCAACGGGGUUAUUGACCCGGGAAUAAAACUAGGGCAAACGGUGGAUUUGAUCGUAGAUGCCGCCCCGGAUAUCAAACAUCCCAUUCACUUGCACGGACACUCGGUUUACGCAAUCUCCUCCUCGGUGCUGCAAACCUUCCCGUACGAUUGCAUUGUGGAGGCUGUUGCGGAUAGCUAUCAAGGAUUAAAUUUCGAUCAUCCCCCUUUAGUCGAUAUCUUUGAGGUCCCAAAUGGCGGACACCUCGUGUUGCGGUUUGUUGCGGAUAAUCCUGGUUUCUGGCUCAUCCACUGCCACAUUGGCAUACAUAUGGCGAGUGGGAUGAUGGGGGUAUUGGUCGAGGCAAAAGAUGAUAUUCCAGAAAUGCCGGAGUUUUUAUUAUACCAAGCGCAUGCCAACUACGAUUUGAUGAACUCGAAGGCAAUUUCAAGUUUAUCAGACGUGCUCCAGGAAGAGUAUAAUGAUACCAAGUGGUGAUUACUCGUCUUUUCAAUACCCUAUAUAACCAACAAUAUGCCAUUCAUGGAUUAAACCGUAUGUACAGAUGAGCCUUAUGGGAUACAACUCGGUAGGCUACAGAUCGCAUCCAAGACCGUUUAUGGAGCAUCCGCUGCAA